ACACUUUUUGAACCAUAUCAACACACAUUCAAAAAGUGUCGUAGAUAUCUUCUAAGACAACGUUAUCAAGUUAUCGUCCAAGAAAACAGAAGUGGAGGUGACCUGAGUUACAAAAGAUGGCUGGAUUUUUCAAAACGGUGACAUUUAUGGUUUUGGUUUUCGCUGCGGUUGUUUCCGCGGAGGACUACGAGGUUGGUGAUGAUGCCAAAUGGGCGAGACCUUCCGAUCUCGAGUUCUAUAAUACAUGGGCUUCCAAGAAAACUUUCCUAGUAGGCGACGUGCUCGAUUUUGAAUUCGAUGCUGAGAGACAUGAUGUGGCUAUCGUAACGGCAGAUGAAUAUGAAAACUGCGAGAAAGAGACACCCCUCAGCCUCAUCAAGACUUCUCCUGCCAAGAUUAUGCUAAACGACACCGGGCCAAUAUACUUCAUCUGCACCUCCGCUGACCAUUGCCGCUUUGGUCAAAAACUUACCGUCAACGUAGUUGAUGAUGCUAGUGGUGCUGGUGGACAUAGCGGUGGCGGCGGUGCUACCCCUCCAGCACCUGGCGGUGCUACCACUCCCACACCUGGAGGUGCUACCACUCCAACAUCUGGAGGUGCUACCACUCCAGCAUCCGGCGGUGCUACUACUCCAGCACCUAGCGGUGCAACUGCCCCAGGUUCUGAAGGAGCCUCUCCCACCACCCCAGGAGCCGGGACUACUGCACCUACCGGCUCCGGUGAAACAGCUGCACCACUUCCGGCUGAAAGUACCGCUUCUUCAUUAGGUGGUGCUUCUUUUAUGGUCGCCUUGGUUUCUGCUGCUGUUGCUCUCUUUUGAGUUAGAUAAUAUUGAGUAUACGUGUUUGUCUCCGCUUGUUAUAUAUACCUAUGUAAUUUAACUGUUUAAACCUUUUAACAAAAAAAAAUGUAAUUUAAAUCUCAUGCAUUUUACUCGUUAUAUAUGGGAAUACGAUUUCGUCUUUCAUUCA